AUGUCCGAGCAGGCCGAGCGGUACAAGUCGCAGGGCAAUGCGGCGCUCCAGGCCAAGAUGUUUUCCGAUGCCGUCGAUCUCUAUACCAAGGCGCGCGGCGCCGCGCUGGGCGCGAUGCGCAAGCACGAGGAGGCGCGCAAGGCGUACCUGAGAGCGAGCCAGCUCGAGCCGCACAACGCGCAGGUGCAAAAGAUGUUGAGUGACGCGGCCGAGGCGGCGCGGAAGGCGGCCGAGGAGGGGAAGAACUGGGAGAAUGACCUCUGGUCGGACGACGAUGAGGAGUCCACGGGCGCCAAUGAGCAGCAGGGGCGGCUGCCGGAAGCGGCCGCGGGCGGCGGCGGCGGCGAUGAUGGCGGCGGAAGCGGGGGCGGCGGAGGCGGCGGCGGCGGCGGAGGCGGCGGCGGCAGAGCUCCGGUGCGAGCGGGCGCGCGGCUUGUGCAUGAUCUGGAGCGGUCGCUCAAGGAUGCGUCGGAGGACUCGAUGCGCUCGGCGCUGCGCGCGCUGGGCAAGGCGGACGCGGCUCUCGCCCAGAAGAUGGUGCACUUGCUCGAGGGGCUCAACGCGGCCUCCUCCGAGGGCGAGGGGGAGGAGGACGAGUCGGCGGACGAGGCGGAACCGCAGGCGUCCCAGCGCAAGCGGCGGCGGGAUGAGUACUUUGGCGGCGGCGGCGGCGGCGGCGGCAGUCGGCCGGGGAAGAGGCGCGGAGGAUCUGACUCGGACUGA